AUGUUGAUAGUAAAGCUUAUGAAAUAUCUUCAGGCUGUGCUCAGUGUUUCUCAGUACUGGUGUAUAACCACAUCCCCUGUGUGUAGACUCUCAUCAGAAGAGUCUCAUACUACUGCUGUUCUCAUCAUGAAGAUUUCACAAACCACGAUUCUACACCUGCAUCUCUACGUCUUUCUUACUUUACUGACUCAUGCAGAUUCUGAUUCCAGUGUUGCAAAGAUUCAGCAUCAUGUCUACACAACUGUAUAUGAAGGACACACAGUGACACUUCACUGCAACACAACUCUUCAGAAUGAAGAUAUCACAUGGAAAAUGAACAACACUGUUAUUUUUAGUAUCGACUCAUUUUAUAACAGAAAUAUGACAAACUUUACUUCAGAUAGGAUGUAUAUCAGUCCAGCAGAUCCAACUGAACUGAAAAUAAAUCAAAUACAAACAUCUGAUGCUGGAAACUAUUCCUGUUAUAAUACUAAAACAUCAAUGAGAUGGAUAUUAACAGUCACAGGUUACUCCACAGAAAACCCACCAGAGUCACUCAAGCAACCAUUACUCUACAUCCUCAUCUCAUGUGCUGGAGUUAUUAUGGUCUGUCUGAUGAUCGGCUUCAUCAUCUGCAUUUACAGGAGAAGAUCAUCAAACAGAAGAGAUAUACAAGCCAGCAGAAUAAUGAGUGACAACAGGAUCUAUGAGGGCACAACAGCCGCUGAAAUUCACGAUCAACGUGGCCACGUAAUAUAUGAAAUCUGCAUAUAAUAAAGUUUAGGCCUAUAAAUUAUAGCUGAUAAAUGAUGAAUCAUCUCCUCUGGUUAAACCACUUCAUCUGCACACUGCUCACGGUUAAAAUCCAGAACAGUACUGUCUUUGUCAUGAUCAUUCACAUAUUGUUAUCAGCAAACCAUUGUUAAUGUAGGUACAAUGUGUAUUUAUAAAUGUGUC